CUCAUCAGCCUCAUCUGUGCUCACACUCCCGUGACAGAGGCUUUACUGUAUCCUGUUGUGUUACCUGUGAUGCGCACUCAGGCUGGGAAGGAGGUGCACUGUGCAGCGUUGUGUUGUGUGCGUGUGCGUGUGAGGGAGACUGAAGCAGCGUGAACGCGCCAAUCUGAACUCCGCACUCCUGUCUGUCAGUCUUUUUUUUCUUUUCUUUUUGCAAAUCUCUCACACCGUCCCGGUCCCUUCGUUUCCCCCAGCCUCAUGUUCAUUCCACCGCCGAGCCGGAUCAGAGUCCCCGUCUAGCCGACACAACCGUUGGAGUUCACUGGACGGUGCCAGCAUGCAGUGCCACAAGUUUUGGAAACCGUGUUCGCUUGGAUUUUAUAUUUGGAUCGCAAUGCUUUUCAGAGGGUCCUUGCAGGGCGAGUACCAGAGAAGACUGUACAAGGAGCUGCUGGCUAACUACAAUCGAUUAGAGAGACCUGUGGUCAAUGACUCAGCUCCCAUCCUGGUGGAGCUGGGCCUCACACUUCUGCAGAUCAUAGAUGUGGACGAGAAGAACCAAGUGCUCAUAACGAAUGCCUGGCUGCAGCUGUACUGGACAGACAUCUACCUGACCUGGAAUCCAGAAAACUAUCCCGGUGUCCAAAACCUGCGAUUUCCUUCGGACCAGGUCUGGACGCCUGACAUCCUUCUUUACAACAGUGCGGAUGAAAGGUUUGAUGCCACGUUUCACACCAACGUGCUGGUGAAUGCGUCGGGUAACUGCCAGUAUAUUCCCCCUGGCAUCCUGAAGAGCACCUGUUACAUCGACGUGCGUUGGUUUCCCUUCGAUGUGCAGAAGUGCGAUUUGAAGUUUGGCUCAUGGACACACAAUGGCUGGCUUCUGGACCUCCAGAUGCUCGAUGUGGACACAUCCACUUAUAUACCAAAUGGAGAGUGGGAUCUUGUGGGUGUGCCGGCCAAGCGUAAUGAGUUGUACUAUGAGUGCUGUAAGGAGCCCUACCCUGAUGUGACGUUUACAGUCACCAUGCGCCGCAGGACUUUGUAUUAUGGACUAAAUCUGCUCAUCCCCUGUGUGCUGAUCUCUGGCUUGGCCCUGCUGGUCUUCCUUUUACCUGCAGACUCAGGAGAAAAGAUUUCUCUGGGCAUCACUGUGCUGCUUUCGCUAACUGUCUUCAUGCUUCUGGUAGCUGAGAUCAUGCCUGCAACGUCAGACUCUGUCCCCCUCAUUGCUCAGUACUUUGCCAGCACCAUGAUGAUUGUGGGAAUGUCUGUGGUGGUUACAGUUAUAGUCCUACAAUUUCACCACCAUGACCCUCAUGGCGGGAAGAUGCCUAAGUGGAUCCGUGUGGUUCUGUUAAAUUGGUGUGCCUGGUUUCUCCGUAUGAAACAACCUGGCGAUGAGCGCAAGCGGCCGGGUUACAAAUAUCGUCACACCUCCCACCACCACUCUAGCACCAGCUCCAUAGAGAUGGGAACAGUACCAAGCCUUACUGUGCCGGUGUCACAGAUGUCCUGCCCGCCCUCAGGCACCUCCAAUGGUUCCAUGAGUCUCUACUUUGGCAGUUACCAUCCUAUAGAAAGCCCACACUGUCCACCUUCUAGUGACUCUGGGGUAACGCUUGGGGGACGUGCCCACAGCUCCCCCAGUGACGAGGCAGAGCCACAUGUCAGCAGUGGUGUUGUGGGCCUGGGGAUGGGAGUGGGCCUCCCCCCACCAGAGAUCCAGCGUAUUUUGGAGGAGGUGUCGUACAUAGCUCAGAGGUUCCGGGACCAGGAUGAGGCUGAGGCGAUCUGCAGUGAGUGGAAGUUUGCAGCCGCAGUAGUGGACCGGCUGUGUCUAGUGGCGUUUUCUCUCUUUUCAAUCAUUUGUACCUUCACAAUCCUGUUGUCUGCACCCAACUUCAUAGAGGCUGUUUCUAAGGACUUCACAUAACUGGUUACAACAGGAGAGAAGGAAUGAAGAAGGUGUAACAGGGAGAGAGAGAGUGUAAGAGUGAGGAGAGUGGAGAGGGCAGAAAUGUACAUGGUCCCAAACCAACCAAAUCUACUGAAUAGGAGGCGAGCUUCAAAACGUGGUGCAAAUAAAUGCAAAAGCACCUGCAUCAUGCUACAUCAUAAAGGUCAGGAAAAUGUUUUUAUUCUUUCUGUCUUGAUAUAAGAAAUAGAUUGAUCCUAUCUUUAAAAGGAAAAAAAUAUAACAAAAACAAACAAACAAAAAAACUCAGAACACAGAAAAACAGUGGGAAAGCGAAGGACAGCAUUGUAUAAGUUUUUUUACAUUAAGAUAUACGUAAGUGGAAGACACUACUAACUGUCUUUACCCUGAAACUAGUGUAAAUAUCAUUGCUGUCCAUUAAAAUCACCUCUCCAAUGAUACAAACACCACCACAGCCCUCUUUGUUAAAUAUUGUUCUCCUGUCCACUUGCACCACCUCAGUCUGAGUUCAUACACCCGUUGUUUACCUUUUAAGCUAAUAAGGAAGUCACACAUUACUUCUGAUAAUGUAAAUCCUUGUAAAAAUGUUUAGUCUAGUUACUGAAAUGAGAUGUUUCACUGUGAAUCUUAAUGUUUUCUUGUUCGCGUAGAUCAACAGAGCACUGAACAAAACUUUAUUGCUUUAUUGUUCUUUAUUCAUCAGUUUAGGAACUUCUCACUUUGUCUUGCCUCUUCAUUUCGAACUAUAGAAUCUGUAACGUAAUAAGAGCUGUUUGGGACAGUGAAAAAUAAUGUUUAUGAAGUAUCCAGUGUAUUGUAUUGACAGCACUGUGUUGACUGGUAUUUAUGGUUGUUGACCAGUAAAAACAAGAUGAACUGGUGUCUUUUCUUUUUCGAGUACUGUAAAAUAUCACGUUGACCUGUACAGUAAAUCAUUUAACCAA